AUGUCUUUCUUCCCAGCAUCUGUACCAAAAGGAACACUGUUUUACCAUGGAACACAUACAACUGAGCCAGUUGAAGGAAUGGAAUGGUUAGCCUUCGAAAUCGAACACGCCGAAGUGUUUGCACAUCCAAGGAGAGAACGUGGUCCUGGAGGUCAUGGCCCAGGAAAAGGUCCCAGUGGACAUUCUCCAGGUUCUCCUCCGCAUGCACGAAUGUAUAACCGUCCAAAAUCCAAACACGGUGGGGGUAUUUACGAUUCUGAAGACAAGGAUGAAGUUAGCCAUGGCUAUCUUCACACGUACCGUACCUCCAAACCUCUCACCAAACUUUUCUAUAUCGAUGGAAUGUCCGCUGGUAAAACAAGCAUGGGGACGCUUGACUCCACAGACUACAUUAUUCGCAAUCUCACACCCACGUCCAAGGAACCAAAUAAUGAUUGGAUCCGAGCAGUCGACCUUUGUAAAAUUGGCGAGCAAUGGGGGGUUGAGGGAUUUCUUCGCAUGGAAGCAGGUUUUGAGAUUAUUCUCUGCAAUUUCAAAGAGGGGCUUGAAUUUAUGUCGGCUUCUCAAAGAGAAGAGACAGAUUUUGGAAAAAAUGACGUUGUUCAAUUUGAAUAUGUGAGGGCCCUUGCAUAUCGAUAUCAAGGUAUCAUGGGAGGAAGAGUAAAAGUGGACUAUUCAUCUAUGAUUUCUGCUUUCUUUUAUCCACUGAAUCUUACUAAUCCUAAUCCUUCUCAUUCCGAGCUCCCUAGACUGAUUACGGCUUCUGAGUCGGGUGAUUUAGGGAGAAUCCACUCUGAUGUGAUGGAACUACUUAAGAGUGAAGAGUAUGGGAAAAGAGAGACGAUUAAUUGGCAAAACGUGGUGGAUAUGAUUGUCACGAGAUAUUCUGAUCGUUUGAAAUUUAUGGUUCAGAACGAGACGUCCGUGGAGGCGGUGAAGUCGGAGAUCAAAUUGCUGUUGGAUGUCUACAUCGACUAUAAGAACGCUGACGUUGCUUCUUCGGUGGAGAAAUGUGCAAAUCACUACUUGGAGCCGGUGGUACCAGAAACCAAGGCGGAUCAUUUGAUUCGUGCUGCUAUUUUUGAGGUGGCGCAUAAUAUCUGUAGUACAUUGUUCAAAGUGAGGGAUUUACUGAAUGACGAAGGAAAUAGUGUAAAGGGAGAAAGGAGGGGAAAGGAACUCAUCGAGGGGUUGAUCGACGAAUUAGAUUGGACCACUUGGCUUGAAUGUGGAAAGUGUGCAUACGAUCAAGUAUGCUUUGUGGCUAUUUGGCCUUGGGGAGGAGUAGAAGAUCAUGUAUCUCCGGGGUGUAUCAAGAAGGAUGAUUUAGGUAAUCGGAGAGGAUAUUGGGAGUAUGGAAGUUAG